CGAGAGGAUGAGUACAUCCCCCCAAAGAACCUGGAACACACCAUCACCAGUAUCAUACUUUUGUUUGUACAAAGCAGCACUACCUCAACAGACCCGUACACAGCGCACACAUUUUCUUUCGGCCCGGCCAUGAAGCGGUGGCUCGCAGUUCUCGCACCAUCGGCUCUCGCAGCAGCCCAGAAUAUCACAAGCCCCUCCAUACGAAUUGAAACUCGAGUUCCCUUAAACUCAAGGCUCUGCAAUGUAUACGUCGAACACGUGCAGCCUGUCAAAGGUGCUGUCGACUUCAGCUAUGGCUCCUGCCAGCAGCUAACCCCACACGACUCCCACCACUUUAUCGCGACCAGCACAGAUGCCUCCCAGGACCGACUCGUUUGGACGCUACCCGAGGACAUCUUUUCCGGCGGAUGCAUUUCGGCAUGGAGCACCACCACAAAUGUCUUGCUGGGCAGAAGCGAGGUGCAACACCUGGAUCUUCACACGAUGGCCCGAAGACGACAUGCCCGCCUUGCCCGCCGCAGCAAUGACCCCAACAGCAUUUUGAUGGACAAUUCUACAGGUGUCAAUGUUUGGGGACCAUGGUUUGAUGGUGUUGAGGUGCUCAAGAAUGCCGAAUGCAGCGCUAUCGAUUCAGCUGCAGCCAAGCAGAAAAGCAUUGCCAUUGUCGGCGCUGGCAUGUCUGGUCUGAUGGCGUACCUUUGCUUGACCCAACAGGGACUUACCAGUGUCAGCCUUAUUGAGGGUGGGGAUCGUCUCGGUGGUCGGGUUCAAACGGUGUACCUGAGCGGUGGCCCUUUCGAUUACAGUUACCAAGAGAUGGGUCCCAUGCGAGUUCCCAUGACGCUUACUGUUGCCAACCAGACGUACAACAUGUCGGACCACCAACUCGUUUUCCAGCUGGUAGAGGAGAUGAAUAUGCUCAAUAAAGACAACGACGACGACCUUCAUAUUGACCUUAUCGACUGGCUCGAGGCUGGUAGCCGUACACUUCCUCGUGAUGGUGGAUCAAACCGUGUGGGUGAGGUUGAUGGGCAACAAGGGAGACCCGACAACCAAGGUGCUGUGGGCCAGCUGGGGAUGUCUGUGGAGGAAAUCUUUGACAAGGUCAACAAAGCUUUGCCGUGCGAGGACUUUUGUGUGGAAAUGGCCAACAACAUGUUUACUGCUCAUCGCAAGUGGCUCGAAAAGGGACUUUUUGACCUUGCCGGAAACCAAUGGAGCGAGUUUGCCUUCACAGCUGAGUACCUCAACAACAAUAUCAAUAAUACUCAUUUCGGAUACUGGGGUAAAGGGGCUUCGUCGUUCUGGGACAAGGUAUACCGGUCAAAAUCUUUGUAG